CUUGUUGGGUGUAUUGCGUCAUUGAAACGCGAGGAAACGAGGAAAUCGAGAAAAAAAAACGCAAUAGUCGCCGUGCUAAUCUGAUCUCCUUCUCCCUCGUCGGAAAAAAUGGCCACUGGUGGGAAAGUCUCCUUCAAAGUCACUCUGACUUCGGAUCCUAAGCUUCCUUUCAAAGUUUUCAGCGUACCGGAGGGAGCUCCGUUCACGGCGGUAUUGAAAUUCGCAGCAGAGGAGUUCAAGGUUCCUCCACAAACCAGCGCCAUCAUUACCAAUGAUGGGAUCGGGAUCAAUCCUCAGCAGAGUGCAGGAAACGUGUUCCUGAAGCAUGGGUCUGAACUAAGACUGAUCCCGCGUGAUAGAGUUGGAGCUGCAUGAAGGCUUGAAGCAAUCAGUAAAUCUCUGUUCUCAUACCUUUUAAAAACAUAAGAAUAAACUAAAUCUCUGUUCUCAUAAUGUAAUGCUGUGCUCACAUCCUUGUACGGUUUCACCGAAUUUGGUGACUUGUAUGCUUAGAUGUGGACUAAAAUGCUUAGAUAAUGUGGACUAAAAAGAAAUAUCGAAUGGUCAUC